AUGCCACGUCCGAUGCAUAAUACGACCUCGCUACCGAGGAAUCUGCGCGACGAGUUGGGCAUCAAGGAUACCUAUGGCGAUAAGAAGAGAAGGCAAAACGGUCCUGCGACUCGGAAAGAUCGUCGGCGGGAGGAACGAGACCAGAAAAAGACGAAACGAGCGCCAGUUUCCAAACACGGCGGGAGACAGCGGUCGAACCGUCGUGACGAUGAUUAUGACGAUGAAGAUGGUUUUGAGGGGUUCGAUGAUGGUUCUGGAGCCGAGUCGGACCCAGCUGGCGAGGAGGAUGUGUUUGCUAAGUUAAAGGCUGCAAAGCAGGCGAAACAGCAGCCGAAACCGAUACUCAAGAAGGCGAAGGCUGGAAAGUCGGCUCCCGAAGGUGAUAGCGCGGAGGAAGAGACAAUACGCCCGCGUCAAAUAUCCAAAGCGGUUCAAGAAAAGCUCGACGAAGACGAAGCCGAGAUUGCUGCGCUGGAGAAAAAGCUCGGACUGAAGAAAGGGAAGAAACUUCCAAAGUCCUUCGAAGAGGAUGGUCUCGGCGACUUGCUAGGCGAUUUGGACGAGGGGUCGGCAGAUGAAGGUCGGAAGCGUAGAAGGGAAGCUGACGAAUGGCUAAGGAAUAAGAGGAUGAAAGCGCAAGGCUUAGCGCCUGAGAGUGACUCUGAAGAAGAUGGGAGUGACUUGGGAAGUGAGGAAGAGAUGGAUGACCUUGACGAAGAUGAAGACAUGUUCGACGAUCUGGAUGAAGAAGAUGACGAAGAAAGCGAAGAGGAGAAGCCCGUCCCGAAGAAACGAGAAAACCCAUAUGUCGCCCCUGUCGCAGAAACAAACGAGAAUCGUCCACAGAAAUAUAUCCCUCCGUCGUUGCGGGCUGCAUCCGGGUCCGAGUCAGAGUCUCUCGUUCGACUAAGGAGACAGGCUCAAGGACAUCUGAAUAAAUUGUCCGAGGCCAAUCUAGUCUCUAUUCUGGGCGAGUAUGAAAAGCUCUACCGGGAGUACCCACGAAAAGAAGUAACUACGACACUGAUAAAUCUACUUUUCGGCCUCAUUUGCGAACGGUCCGCCCUUCAGGAUACGUUCCUAAUUCUCCACGCAGGAUUCAUCGCUGCUGUAUACAAAAUUGUUGGAACGGACUUUGGCGCCGAACUCGUCCAAAAGAUAGUUGAAACAUUCGAUGCCCGCGGCGAUGAGCGUGGCAGCUUCGAAGGGAAAGAGUCCCUCAACCUCGUCUCUCUUCUCGCGCAACUUUACAACUUCCAUGUCAUCUCCAGUACCUUAAUCUUCGAUUAUAUUCGCAUCUUUUUGCAAGACAUCACUGAGGAGAAUACCGAAUUACUCCUCAAGAUCAUCAGGAAUUCCGGACCGCAACUCAGACAAGACGACCCGUCAUCUCUGAAAGACAUCGUUCUUCUUAUCCAGCCGGCAGUAGCCAAGGCUGGCGAAGCAUCUCUCUCCGUGCGCACGAAGUUCAUGAUUGACACAAUCACCGACCUUAAAAACAACAAGCUAAAGGCCGGAGUCGGCUCCAGUGUAACCACGGAGCACAUUACGAAAAUGCGCAAAAUCCUAGGAUCUCUGAACAACUCCCGAGUUAUCCGUGCCACCGAACCCAUAAGCAUCUCGCGAGACGACAUUCACAACUCCUCGAAAAAAGGAAAAUGGUGGCUCGUCGGCGCAAGCUGGAGGGAGGACCCGCUAGUCUCCGCUCGCCAGGAACUCUCCAACCUCCCAGCGGACCAGCAGAACCCUGCUGCCGCAGAAGAGGAAGAUAGCGACGGAGAACCAGACUUCGUCAACCUCGCAAAAGCCCACCGAAUGAACACAGAUGUCCGACGCUCCAUCUUCGUCGCCAUCAUGUCCGCAACAGACUACCAAGACGCGCACGUCCGACUUCUCAAACUCCGCCUGAAGAAAGCACAAGAAUACGAAAUCCCGCGCGUACUAACCCAUUGCUCCAUGGAAGAAGAGGCCUACAACCCAUACUACACCUUAAUCGCGCGUCGCCUCUGCGGCGAAUCAGGCCGCCGCCUCAAAGUCUCCUUCAUGUUCACACUCUGGAACAUCUUCAAGCGCAUGGGCGAAACAGGCGACAUGGACGAAGAAGAUGACGCCGACUUUGAUGAGGACGAACAGAACCAACUCCCCAUGAAAGCCAUCGUCAACCUCGCAAAGAUGUACGGCAGCCUCAUCGCAGACAACACCCUCAACCUGGGCAUCCUAAAGACCCUCAACUUCGCAUACCUCCAGCCCAAAUCCAAGACCUUCGUCGAGCUCCUCCUUAUCAGCGUCAUCCAGCAAUCCCAAAAGCAGAAACGUGGCAAAAAGCACGCCAAGAAAUCCGACGACGAGAAGGAUGAGAAGGCUCUGAUGGAAAUCUUCAUUCGUACCCGUGAGACGCCUCAGAUUGUCAAGGGCCUGAUCUUCUUCCUACGUAAGGUCGUGGCCAAGUCGGACGUUGUUUCUGGGAAGGAACAGAAGUUGGUCAAGUGGGGUUGUAAUGUUGCGGUUGAUGCUUUGAAGGUUGUCUCGAAGGAAACGGCUGGGUUUGACUGA